CGAUACAGUGUAUUUAUUUGACAGGAUUUUUUCAGUAGAGUUCCUUUUCUGUCUGGUUGUUUUCAUCUAUAAACCAACUAGUUGAAUGGACCACGUUACACGAUACAAGGAAAAACUGACAGUUUUGUCUACACGAAGUUUAUUAGCCAAUUGCUGGGCCAUCCCAUUCUGUCAGAACAGCUUCAGUGCACUUUUUCCAAGUCUCUGGAACGCUAUUCUUCCAAAAGAUUUUACCUUAUUUGAUAAUGGCGGAGUUUAACACAACCUAAAGGUGUUUAGUUGGGUUGAAAUGUAGUGGCUGCAAGGUGCAUAGCAUGUGAUUCACAUCAUUUUCAUAUUCAUCAAACCACUCAUUCACCCUUGGUGUGCACAUCCUGGAAAAGACCACUUCCACCAGGAUGGAAAGUUUAAUCACAGGACAAUGUGAUGACUCAGAACUACUGUGUAUUAAUUUGUAAAAAAUUCAUAAAAUGCUUCCCACGGGAUGAGGGGGCACCAAAUCUCCUCAUCAUAUGAUUCGUGGUUUAAGGCUUCUCUAGUUUGUCACCUCUCUGCUGUGUAUAUACCCUGUGUGUUCGGAUGCUUUGUCCUUUGGUUAAAUCUCAUUUGCCUGUUCAGUCUGACUUUCUACAUAUAACACCUGCGUCCUGGUUCACUGAAGCGCCUCAUAUUUGGGCCAGUGGGGGGAAAUACGGAGGAAGUAGUGCAGUCACUAUGAAGUUGGUGUAUUCCUUUGCUUCAGUUAUGGUGACAUUAAACCCAGUUGGAAUUAUUUUGACUGUUCUAAAAAGAAUACAAGAUGAUUCACUGAUGAUAAUGGCAAUGAAUCCUGUCUUAGCAGGGAGGCUUCAGCAGUUCCUCUUUUUAUCUGCCCUCCUCAACCCCCCAAUGCGUUCGAGUCAUCGGAUACACUUCAAAGAUACAGUAAACGCUUGUGCUUUAAUGAUGUCACACAAAGUGCUCAGAUGUAAAGUGACCUGAAUUAGCUCCUCUUUAAUACAAGGAAGAUUUUACUUGAUCUAUUUUGUGUGCAGUUUCCCUCAGGCUAUCUUUUUAAUAAAGCAACAUUUUUAUUCUUUCUUUUUUUGUCUUAGAAGAGAUUACAUUAGAAGUGCAGAUGGUUAUCGUUAACUGGCCUACAUCUGAGCAUGUUUCUGAUACAACAGCUAAUAAUCUCAAGAAAAUAAUAUUCUGAGCAGUAGGUGGCAGCUGAAUAGAUGUAUAUGUAAGUGGGUUUAUAAUUACAGAUUAGAGAUGGACUGAUUAAAGGCCGCCUAUUGUGUUUCAUAAAUUAAAAUCCUACCUCACAAAAAUAGCUUAAUAGUAUAGCCCACGUGUUUUAGUCAGCACUUGAAAUAUUGAAAAUAGAGAGAAAUAGUAUAUUUUUGUUGCACUUAAUACUCUGAAUAAUGGUGGCGGGUAAAAUAAAAAAUAAUUAUUUGGUCUUUAAGGAAGUUUACGUUACAUUCUGUAUCUGUUGCUGAGGAUCGUUUAUUUAGGGUACGUACACAAUGGGAAUCUUACAUGUUCAUUAGAUUCAGCAUUGUGUGGCUUGGAUCUUGUUAUAAAUCAAGUCCACCAUCAUGGUCAUUUUAAGUUUCAGGCUGAAAACAAGGCUUUUCUUUUGCAAGUUUCAAUUCCCAGGCUAGUCUUGUUACACAUGGUCCAAUGGAACCUCAAUGUUAAACGUGUAUUUUUAGAAAUACACUGAAGGCUGAUCUAGUAGUAUGCAUGUUAGCAGGUGUUAUUGGUUGCAUAGUUUGCAAUGUAUAACUAGUUUCUACUCGGAACUCGGCUCUUUCCCUUUUUCUUGCAUAUUCUUACUAAGCUGUAUGAUUGAUUGUCUGACACCCUGGCCCAAUAAAACAGUUCCAUAAUAAUCUAUUCAAAACACCUCCAGAUUAUUCUUUUCUCUUAUAUUAUAAAUAAGCAUUUCAAUAUGAAAACAAUAUUUAAUAAACCAUUUAUCUACAAAACAAGUGAACAACCUGGGAUGUCUUGAGAAAAAUGUAUGCUUUUUAAACUGUAUGUCUUCAGUUUUCCAUAUUCUGUCAGUCUACGGGCAUCACAAAGACAUUUGUUGCAUCACCAUCUCAAUUCAGUGCACUACAACAGAACAACAAAAGAAAGAAGGCUCUAAAACUGACAAUUCAGACUCCAGGCUUGGAUGAAAUGAACAGUUUUUAACAAAAUUGGUAUUUGCAACAGAAUUGUAUUCUACGUACCAGUACAUGCAAAUUAAAAAUGAAUAAAUAAGUCUAAAUUUAAAAAAGUGACGCAGGCACAAUGCACUAAACAAAUAAAAAAGUGACUGACUGAAUAUGUUAACCAGUUAAGAGCUUAUCCAAAUGAACCUAAUUUUCAUAAAAUUGCGCAUCUCACACUCACACAAAGGCUCAUAGUCCACUCUGAGUUGUGUACAUACAUUUUAUCACUCAUUUACAGAUCAUCUGCUGUGACUCCUGAUGUCGACAACUUUAUGGGGUCAGUGUCUAAGGAAAAUAAACCCAUCCUUCUCAAGUUUCUGUAAAGGCAGAGUCUCCUGGGAAUGUAAGAAUUCAGGGUCAUUUCAUAUCCACACACUUCUCCCAAAGUAUUUAUUUGGUCUUUUUGAGUUUUAAUCUCGUUGUCUCAAGUAAUUUAGGCUUUUAGAUCAUUUUCUGUGGUUCUUGUCCAAUGUUCUUCCUGUUUUUAUGUCUCAGUAGGGCAAGUAGAAGGUUUUUUGUUACUGGCACAGGAGGUUCCUUCGUGCUCAUUGUGAAGUUAUGAUACUAAUAAAGGCCAUACUGUUUAAUUUUUUUAGACCAUAGUUAUGCAUGGAUAUAUCAGGAUUCCUGAGAAAUAAUUUUAACCAGUGCUUUUUAAACUGGGGUUAAUUUCCUCAAACAUAGAAUACAUUUGUUGAUUUAGAAAUAGAGGAAGACUGUAUAUGUGUUUGUUGAGUAAGGUAGUAGACUCAUUGUCUUAACUGUAUGCGGAACAAUCUACCUUAUGUGUGUAGGCACUCACCAACGGCCCAUUGUGAAGCUGGAAAAGUCCUGUAUUUGUAUUAUGGUGAGUUUUAACUGUGAAAAUAAUUCUCUUAUUAGUACUUUUCGCUCGUGCAGAUGUGAACACAGUAAUCGCACUUUGGUAGGGACCAGAACAAUUGCACUGAGACCCUUUGGAGGAGGAGUCUCGGUACGGUCCCAAAUGAGCUCCAGAGCACUUUCUUUAUUGUGCGAAACCGAUCCGGACCAAUAACCAGGUGUACGUUACAAGUUUGAGGUAAGGAAUAAAAAGCCCCAUAGCCACAUAAACUUUGAAUUCUCAAUGCGGGAAGAUACAAUAAAUGUGCAAAGGUCUGUACAGACUAGCAACUAUCUGUGAAAAAAUGAUGUAAAUACUCAAUAUUUUCCAAUAGUCAUCCAGUACAGCACCUUCUUCCUGUAUUUACUCUGUUACUCCCACCCAGAACAGACUUAAAACUCUCACUUGGGUUGUAGUGACGCGUUCCCUUGGAUUUUUCUUUGUGUGAAAAUAAACUAAACCAUGAGUAAAAACUACAAGUUUACAAAUUCAUCAACUGAUCCGGACCAGAGUAAGCGAACUCUAGGUGUGAAAAUGGCCUAAGACUGGCUCAAUUUGUUAAUCACGUAUGUACUUGUUAACCACAAAUGGAGGAAGCCCUAACUUUAUGAACUCUGCAGGUCAACUUGCAAAUCUCAGCAGAGUAAACAGUGUCUGUUUGUUUUUUUUUUAUAACAUAUUUUUUGUAAUUUUCUAAUUCUGUAUGUUAUUUUACUGACCAAGGUUUAAAACUGUAUUUAAGGUCAUACAGUGCAUCAAACUUCACUUUAAGGCUGUGUGCCUGUCCCUGGACUGUGAGAGUGAAUGGGGUUAUCGGUGCAUGAAGUCUGUCAAGCUUUCAUAAAUUUGCAGAAGAAAUCCCCAAGUCCUACUCUCUGCAGGGAAGAUUUGCAGUUGCUGUCUGUGCAAACAUUGGCUCUGCAUUAGCAGAAAGUCUCCUAAUACCUCAUGCCUGCCUCGCUGUCUACCUGGGUUUUCUCACCUACACCAUUACUGUCACCUUAACACCCAGUGUCCAGUGGUAAAAACAAGAUCUGGAUGUGCUGCCUAAAUGCAUUUUUCCAGUUUACACAUUCUCGUAGAAGCACAUGCACUAAAACGUUCACACAGCUGUAUAUUCUGAGCGAAUGUGCUCACUGCGGGUUUCUCAUUCUGUUUUGUUUCUGCUAGUCUUGUGUUGUUUUCCAGCCCAACAAUAGACUGUUUGGCAGGUUGUGUUGCCUGGUAUCUGUGUGGGGAAGCAGAGAUGUUUUCUGCUUUGAUUUAACAGAGGCACAGUGUGUAGGAGAGUGUCUUUUCAGUUAGGCUCUUUUUGCAGCAGAUGCAAAGCAGCUCUCAUGGUACUAGCUGAACAGUGACCGCUACCUGCCUGAGGACACCUGCUGCCAAAUUCCCUUCAUCAUGUCUGGGAUCCAUGUACCAUGGUCGACUGGCACAGAGUGUGUAGCCAAGUAUAACUUUCAGACUGCCAAUGAACAGGACUUACCCUUCUGUAAAGGAGACGUACUGACCAUCAUCGGAGUCACCAGGGAUCCAAACUGGUACAGAGCAAGGAACCAGGUGGGCAGAGAGGGCACCAUCCCAGCAAACUAUGUCCAGAAAAGGGAAGGCGUCAAGUCAGGAGGGAAACUCAGUCUUAUGCCCUGGUUUCAUGGGAAGAUAACUCGGGAGCAGGCCGAGCGGCUCCUCUACCCUCCAGAGACGGGUUUAUUCCUGGUGAGGGAAAGCACCAACUAUCCUGGAGAUUACACCCUGUGUGUCAGCUGUGAUGGCAAGGUGGAGCACUACCGCAUCAUCUACCACAACGGCAAACUCACCAUCGACGAGGAAGAGUAUUUUGAGAACCUCAUGCAGCUGGUGGAGCACUACACCAAAGACGCUGAUGGCCUUUGUACCAGGCUGAUUAAACCGAAGUUGAUGGAGGGAACAGUGGCAGCGCAAGACGAAUUCUCUAGGAGUGGCUGGGCCUUGAACAGAAAAGAGUUGAAACUCCUCCAGACCAUUGGCAAAGGGGAGUUUGGGGAUGUGAUGGUAGGAGACUACAGAGGGACCAAGGUGGCGGUCAAGUGCAUCAAAAAUGACGCUACAGCACAGGCUUUCAUCGCUGAGGCUUCUGUCAUGACGCAACUGAGGCACAACAACCUGGUGCAGUUGCUAGGGGUAAUCGUGGAGGAGAGGGGCAGUCUCUACAUUGUCACAGAAUACAUGGCUAAGGGCAGCCUAGUGGACUACCUGCGCUCUCGAGGGCGGACUGUUCUCGGUGGAGACUGCUUACUCAAGUUCUCACUUGACGUGUGUGAAGCUAUGGAGUACCUGGAGGCCAAUAACUUCGUCCACAGAGACCUGGCGGCUCGCAAUGUGCUGGUUUCUGACGAUAACAUCGCCAAGGUCAGCGACUUCGGCCUCACCAAGGAGGCAUCCUCCAUACAGGACACUGCCAAGCUGCCCGUCAAAUGGACAUCCCCAGAAGCACUAAGAGAGAAGAGGUUUUCCACUAAGUCAGACGUUUGGAGUUAUGGGAUCCUACUGUGGGAGAUCUACUCCUUUGGGCGUGUGCCUUAUCCUAGAAUUCCGUUGAAAGAAGUGGUGCCUCGGGUAGAGAAAGGGUACAAGAUGGAUGCCCCAGACGGCUGCCCCGCCGUGGUGUACGACCUGAUGAAGCAGUGCUGGACCUUGGAUCCCGUGAUGCGGCCCUCCUUCCGCAUGCUGAGGGAGAAGCUCCAGCAUAUCAGAGCCAAGGAGCUCUACCUGUGAAGAGGAGGUGCUUGUGGGGGGUACCGGGGGAAGAGGACGGGGGUGAGAUGCAGCCCAGCACAGCUGUAAAGUGGGAGGGGAGCAGGAGAAGGAGAAGAGGGACCACAGCACUUUCCUCCUACCUGCCAAGCCUCUUGACCUGUGGGACUGCUACGCUGUGCCCCCUCCCCCGACCUCCACCGUCCACCAGCCGUCCUCUGCUUUCACACUAGGACUGUUUUCCUGUUUGUGUUGUAUAGCUUUUGCCAGACAAUUUCCUCUUCUCGCGAUGGGCCGCUUCUCUUUCCUCCUCCUACACCUGCCACUGCUCACUCACUCUCCCUUCUCUUUGUCACUUGGUCCAAAUUGCUCUUCUUCUUCUAUGUGAAAGUUCCCUUUUGUUUCUUUGUAUUUCCUCCCCUCCUCCUCCUCUCCUGAACAUGGCAUUAACUGGAGGGGAGGCUGGCCUUUUCCUCCACGUUUGUCAGGUGCUCUUUUCUUCUCCAGUCCACCCCACUCGAUCAUUCCCAGAUUCUCAUAUCACCAUGUGGCUUUGCAUGCCUUUCAGCCCAACUCUGUCAUUCCUUCCUUGCAUCCCUCCUUGCUUUCCCUCGGCCUUGUUGUCAGGUGUGGGGCCUUCGCUCUGUGCCAAAGUGCCUCCAGUCUACAGAGCUCCAGACUUCCCUCCAACACUUCUUUUGAUUGGACUGUUAUGGUUUCAAUUUUUAUUUUUUAAACAAAAUCUUUUUUUAUUGCUUUCUUUGUUCCAGAGGUUAUGAAACUGUUUGGGUUUUUUUAAGUGGCAUCUCCUUCACCUCCACCAUCUUUACAUCAGACUUUUUUUUUUUUUUUUUUUUUUUUUUUUGUUUUUGCUUUGUUAAUCCAAGCGUCCAUGAAGAGCACGAGAAUAGGAAGUGAGGAGACUUGGGGGGGGCCAGUGUCAUGUUCAUCCUUCCUUAAAGACCGCCCAGAGGAGCGGUAGGUGGGUGGUUGGGUGGCAGGGCAAUAACAGGAGAAGAAGGGGGAGAGGCAGUUCACAAACAUGGUUGAUUCAUCAUACGUGGGCUUGUUUUUAUAUCAAAAUAUAUUUAAAGGAUUAAAAAAAAAGAACAAGGAAAAACUGACUUGGACAGAGUUAAAAAAGGACGCUUUUCAGAAGCCAGGAGCAACUUGCCGUUAGGGAUGUUCAGUGUCUCUGUGAAUGCUAGGGUCGGGGUGGUGCAUGCUGUGUGUGAGAGGCCUUGGGUUCAACUGUCAGUGCUUUCAAUGUUCAUUGUUUUAUUAUGCUAUCAUAAUUAUGAAUAAAUCAUUCCAUCUGAACAGUGUGGAAACACCUGCAUAAUUAUAUGUGUGUGUGUGUGUGUGUGUGUGUGUGUGUGUGUGUGUGUGUGUGUGUGAGAGAGAGAGAGAGAGCAUAUUUUAGCAGGAGGAGUGCUGUCUUACUGUACAAGCACCUCCCCACCUCCAUGAAUGUGUGGUUUUUGGAUUUGACAAGCAAAAUAAAGCAAAUGUUAAAAUGCCCAAAAAAAAACUGCAAUUCCUCUGUUGGCCACUAGAGGCUGGCUCCAAAGUAAAUUCCACCAGACAAAAUUAACAUGUUUACAUCCCGGUACAAUAAAGCCACAUGGGCACUGCGCUAUUAAUGGCUCUAAAAAAAGAAGGGGGGGGGGUUUCCACAUCAUGACCACAGUCCUUAGUGGAAAUAUUACUAAAUCCUGUUUUCGUUUUCUCGACUUUCGUGGUUUAUUCUCCAGGGAGUAUGAGCUGUGUGAAUCUAUAUUUAAAUUACUUUUGGUUGCUGUUUUGCCAUUUUCCUUUUGUCUCUGCCGAUAAUGAGGAAAUCCCUUGAUCCCAAUUAAAGAGACAUUUAAAUCCACACUCGGCUUUCUGCAUUGUAAUGCCCUUCAGUGAGUUGCAAAGUAAAUGUGAAGGGUUAAAGAUGUCUAACAGGAUGAAAAAUGCUUAUUUUCCCUUGUAAAAGGAAUAAUAUCAAAACACAACAAUAGAAAAGAGUUCUUUGAUAUAACCGUUCAACUCUUUACCUUUUUUGUGAUGCAGUUCAGAAAGCAAAACGACUGAUCUAGAGGAGUGUUUUACACCUGCAGCUAUAAAUAAUCCUCAUGUGAUCAUUCUUUGAUAGUACUGCUACAAACAGAUGGGGUUUGUCAUCAAGGUGUGAAGGAGUGUCAGCUGAGUUGUUCCCAGUGCUGCCUUCACUGUGCCUCCUCUGCUCUUUGGAGAGGGCCCAGUUGUCCCCAGUACAGUGACCUAUAGGCUGAAACGGGACCAAGAGUUCAGUGGACUGGCCAUCUGUGUGGUGCUUUCACUUUUAGCUCAUUUGAAUCUCAUCCAUCCGCCUGCUUCUCAAUCUUCCGCUGCAGCAGCAGACAGUUGUUUGGGUCGCAUUUUCAUGUGAAUCCUAUGAAUUUUAAUGGCAGUGACAGGGCGGUAACAAUAGGCUGGUUACGUAAGCACGGCAGUUUGUGCUCGUGGCCAAGACUGUACUGCUGUCAGGACUCAUCGCGCCAGCUCCAAUUUACCAUCCUGCCAUGGCUGCACAAGACGGGCCUUUUGCAGAAGCCAACCCUGCAAAAAAAAAAAAAAAAUCCUAAAGUAGCUCUGCUAUUGGUGAAAAUUACAGCUCAUUAGGCAAUUGGGGGAGGAUUUCUAGAUGUCAUCUGACUGCCAGAAGUCACCACCAGGAGGCAUCCUACAGUCUGAGAUCCCAAGGGAGCUGAAAAGGAGCAGCGCAGAGCUUUCAGCUCAGAUUUAAUUGCAGUGCUGAAGGAGGCACUCAAGAUAUCAAACGAGAGAUUUUCUCAAUCCAUGUCAAAGGUCAGAAGCAGCUGCAUCCUUUAAUGACGUUUGGAUUCUUAAUGAGACACCAUUUGCUGUCGCAGCUCAUCUGCUUCCACCUCAUUAUACCCUAUUUGUUUUUUUUUCUUUAAUAUUACAGUAAACUAUUGUGCGAUUAUUAAAGUAUAUUUUAAAAUGUAAAGCCCAGCUUGAAGUGUCACAGUGACAGGAGCUUGUGGUUAUAGCAGUGACGGUUAAUGCACUGCUCUCACAUCUGGAAGCCUCAGUCUUUGGUUCACACUUAAGUAAUCCUGACAACCGCACAGCUCCUCGUUCUUAGCAGGCACAAGCACGGGGGUUGAUGUGUUAAUCAGCUUUCGAUAAGUUAUGGAUCUGUGCUACUGGCAGCAGCCAGGCACAACUCUACUGACAGUGUAAUCUGAUUACACCAACACAGUUUUUGGGAGGGAAGGAUGAGGAAGAUGCUCAGGGCUCUGCACAUGUUUUUGUGCAGUUGGCAUGUGCAUUGUGUGGUCCCUCCCCCACACGUCAAGCUGGACCUGACAGACUUACAUGCGUGACAGAAUGAGGGUGAGGUGGGGGGUGUAACUUCACAUACAGGCAGCACAUAAACAUUAAGCUUGUAUCGUGUGCUGUUUAUGGGUUUCACGAUGGAAGGGUUCUUCAAGCCCCCGGUUCAGUUGCAUAGCUUGGAUUACUCUGCAGUUUUUUAAUGAGUACUUUCGCAGGGCCUGUAUGCAGAUGGGCCACCUCCGCUGUAGUUAACCUUUAAUACCCUGAAGCAGCUGGAGGUUGCAAAAUUUGCACUUCAGUAGGCUACACCAUGACAGAAGUGAGUCAUUGGACUUUUCCCCUGCCAAACACAUGACAUUACUUUAAUUUU